UUUUUGUAUUUUUUGACCACAGUUUCCGUUUCAUAAAACAAAAUGUCCACUCCCGUCGUCACGCUCGAUGAGCGCAUCGCUCAGUUCAAGGUUGAUGUCGAGCGCUACCUGGCCGACUACAUUGACUCGCCCUCGCAGAUUGUGCUUGCCUCGGCCUGGCUCAUUUCCGACAAUGUCAUUCUGGACUUGUGGCACCGCUUCUUCCCGAACGCGCUUCCGUCCAUUGUUGGCGUCGACACGCUGCACCUCUUCCCCGAGACACACGCCGUUGUUGACGAGAUUGCCGCUCGCUACAACGUCAAGCCGCUGGUUGUCAAGCCCGAGGGCUGCGAGACGCUGGCCGACUUUGUUUCCAAGUUUGGCACGCACGAGACGCUGUCGCACGCUGCCUUCGACGCGCAUUCCAAGAUUGAUCCCCUGACUGGCGCGUUCGACCAGCUCAAGAAGCGCGUGGCCAUCACUGGUCGUCGCGCCGACCAGGGCAAUGCCCGCGUUACCCUCGCCGUUUGGGAGGAGGACAAGAAGACCUUCAACCCCUUGGCCGACUGGUCGUGGCAGGACGUCACCGAGUACACCCUCAUUCGCCGCGUGCCCUACAACGCCUUGCACCGCGUCCUGUCGGUCAGCGACACGUAUGUCGCCCCUGUCGACCGCGACAAGCCCCACCUCGCCAAGUUCCGUCACGUGCAGCUGGCCCUGCCCUACUUUGCCUACGACCAGGAUGCCAUCAAGGCGCACGGCAAGUUUGUCUACGUGUGGAAGUCGUUUGGCGACACGCACACCACCGUCCCUGUCGAGCUGGACAAGUCUGAGCGCGCUGGUCGCUUUGUCGGCCGCGAGCAGACCGAGUGCGGCAUCCACACCCGCAUUGCCCCGAAGGGCGUCCCGCACGGCGGCAUUCUGAUCAACCGAGUCCUCGCUGCCAACGACCCCAAGAUUGCCGAGCUUCGCGCCGCCGCCAAGCACAAGAUUGUCCUGACCGAGCGCCAGACCUGCGACGCCGAGCUCAUUGCCAACGGCGGCUUCUCCCCGCUCACUGGCUUCCUCGACCUCAAGGCGUACGAGAAGGUCGUCCACACGAUGCGUCUGCCCGAAGAGCAGCUCUUUGGCCUGCCCAUCACGCUCGACACUGACAACGAGGAAAUCCAGGAGGGUGACAUUGUCGAGCUCGUUGACGACCUCACCAACGGCCAGUUCUUCAUCCAAGUCGACAGCAAGUGGGUGCCCAACCGCACCACCGAGUCUGUCAAGUGCUUUGGCACUGCCUCGCUCGAGCACCCUUCGGCCUUCCACCUUUUGACCGAGAAGAAAAAGUACAACAUUGGCGGCCCCCUCUGGGCCACCGCUCUCCCCAAGCGUGACUGGGUUGUGUGCCGCACUCCUGCCGAAGUUCGCGCCACCAAGACUGCCGGCCGAAACCUGGUCGCCUUCCAAUCCCGCAACCCCCUGCACAAGGCCCAUGUCGCCAUGUUCCUGCAAGUCGCCUCCGAGUUCAAGGCCGACGUCAUGGUCCAUCCCGUGGUUGGCCCCACCAAGGGCGACGACGUCCCACCCCAAGUCCGCAAGCAGGUCUACGACGUGCUCGCAGCCAAGCUCACCAACGUGCACUUUGACUACCUGCCCUACUCGAUGCUGGUCGCCGGUCCCCGCGAGGCUCUUCAGCACAUUAUCAUUCGCAAGAACUACGGCUGCACGCACAUGAUUGUCGGCCGCGACCACGCUGGUUGCAAGGAUGCCUCGGGCAAGGACUUUUAUGGCCCCUGGGACGCCCAGGAGCUCCUCAAGCCCCUUCAAAAGGAGCUCGGCAUCGACAUGGUUGCCUUCCGCGACCAAGUCUACGUCCAGGAGGAGAAUCGCUACAUGAGCGGCGAUGAGGCCAAGGAGAAGGGCUUCACUCCCUUGAGCAUUUCCGGCACCAAGUUCCGCUCCAUGCUCUUGUCUGGCGAGGACAUUCCCGAGUGGUUUGCCUACCCCGAUGUUAUUACCGUGCUCCGCAAGUGGGCUCAACAACAGCAGCAACAAUCUGUUGCAUCGGCUGCCCAAUAAUUGAAUUUUGUUGUGUUGAGAAGGCUGUUUUUUUUUUGUGUGAACUGGUCGUGUUGUUUUCUGUAGUCUAGAUAUAUUUUUCAAUGUU